GCCCCCCAAAGUGCUCACUUCAUUUCUCUCCCAUUGGGAUCUUAGUCAAGCUCAUGAAUUGCAGGGCUAGCACGUAGUUCAUAAAAAAGAGACUUGACGCUGUGGCACAAGCAAAAUGAGGAGAAUAUAAUCUUAAUUCAAAAUUCAAACAACUUUCUACAUUAAAAAACAAUAAAGUACAUUUUAAAUUUGAACAAUAAUAGCCACUUUUCCCGCAUGCUUGCUGUUACUCUUCAGCCACUUUGCAGCUUUCAUUUCAUUUGCAUUUGAGUUUGCAUUUGCAUUUCAUGUGCAUUUCAUUUGCUGUUUGCAUUUGCUGCCCGUUGCAGCCUCAUUUCAGCCUCAUUUCGACCUCAUUUCAUCAACAUUGCAGCUCAGCUUGCUGCACAUUGUUGCUGUCAUUUUACAGCUUCAUUUUCACCAUAUUUGCAGCUAAAUUGCUGCCAUAUUUGCUGUCAAAUUGCAGCUUCAUUUGCUGUCAAUUUCCAGCCUCAUUGCUGCCAUUUCAUGGCAGUUUCAUUUCUUCAUUUCUGCAAAUUUGAUUGCCACGUUUCUAGCAAUAAUUCCAACAACUUUGAUCUACAAUAGAAGAAAAAGCUAGACAAGUGUAGAAGCAGCUGAGGACUUCAAUAGUGUUGGAUUACGAAGUUGCCCAAACAUUUGGCGCCAUCUAUGGGAAACUGAACAAGAAGUUGUGUAGCUUAACUAGCUGAAAGACAAAAUGGUUCAUACUUUUACCAAAAAUCGCCCUCCAAGAAACCAAAUAGACGAACAGGAGGACACUCAACUAUCUGAGCCCAGCUUGAAUGACUUUAGGCCAAUGCCAAGGAACCUUUUCGUUGGAGGAGCAGAACAGGAUCAACUAAGUGAAACAGAUGAUGAUGAAAGAACACCAACUGGGUCAAUAGAACCUGCUUGGACAACCGAGCUCGAAGAGAGAACCAGAGUUCUCGAAAUGGCAAUGGGUAAAAUCCUUGCUCGCCUAAUCCCUGAUGACCCCCUGAUUCCUUUGUUGAAUAGGGAUGCACAACCAGCUGCGGUUGUUGCCACUCGAAACUCCCCCACUCUGAGCAAUAUAGUAGUGCCAACCAAACCAAGGGGAAGUGGGAGGUUGAACAACGAGCCUAGCUCGUCCAAACAUAGUGAAGAACUGAUAAGAAAGAAUGCAGACCUUGAAAGACAGCUGCGGGAUGUACAAAAAUCCAUUGACGAGUUGAAAAGUACCAGAUCGCACCAACAAACCCUUGAUUUGGAUAAUGCUCCACUAAACUUAUCCAUCACAGCGGAACCAUAUCAAGAGGGAUUCAAAAUUCCCCACCUGGAGACAUAUGAUGGCUUAGGCAACCCAGAUGAGCAUCUGCACACCUAUCAAGCCAUCAUGAGAAUCCAAAAUGCCAAUGAUGCCAUGAUGUGCAAAGUGUUCCUAGCGACACUGAAGUCAACAGCCAGAACAUGGUAUCACAAACUCCCCAGACAUUUUAUAGACUCAUAUUCCCAGCUCGCCAAGCUGUUCUCCAGCAAAUUUGCGAGCCAGAGGGAGAUUAAACGCACAGCGACCGAGCUGAGGCAAGUUCAUCAGAAAGAAGGGGAAUCUCUGAGGGACUAUAUGCAACGAUUCAACAAAGCCACUUUAAAUAUUGAUAACAUCCCAGAUACUAUCUGCUUGUCUGCCUUGCUGCAUGGUUUGAAGCGUGGUCAGUUCCUAGAUGACCUGCUAGAAAACCCACCGAAGACGUGGAACGAAGUGAAUGACAGGUCGGCUAGCUUCAUACUGUCAGAAGACUUCCAGUCAUCCAAGCGGUCUCAAAUCCUAGCACAAAUCCUGGCACAAAUCCAACACUGGGUUAGAAGACCCCCACCCCCACUACAUGAUUCCCCGAGGGCAGAUAAGAGCAAGCAUUGUGACUACCACCGUGCUUAUGGUCACAAUACAGAAGACUGCCAACACUUGAAGGACGAGCUGGAGUUCUUAGCUCGCAAUGGGAAAUUAGAAGGAUAUGUGCAGAAGGCUUAUACUCAGCAACUAUCUCAGACUCACUUUGUGGCAGAGUGUGCAGGGGAUGUCAGUUCAAUAGGCGAGGACAAGGACAAAGAACUGCCGCCUAGAACCAAAAAGAUAGGAAAGGGCUCGCUGCAGAAACACGAAGGGCCUAUAUAUAGGUUUGACAAUCAGCCCCCGAUUGAAGGAGUCAUUACUCUUCCCAUCUAUGUGGGCUCGAAGCCACCGUUCAAGAUGGCUUCCGUUACCUUUCUGGUCGUCAAGAUGGAGUCAACUUUUAACGCUAUACUGGGAAGAGCCACUUUUUGUGAGCUGAAGGCUGUCAUCUCGCAACCCCAUCUCUGUAUGAAAUUCCCAACUCCUCAAGGGGUAGGAGUGCUUAAAGGGAAUCAAAAGAUGGCCAGAGCCUGCUACCAAGAUACUUUUAAAAAGGUUGAGCUCACUGCUGCCCCUGCAGGUGUCGAGCAGAAGGCUGAGCUGGUAGAACUGGUGGAAACGGUCCCCUUAAACCCUGAUGUGCCAGAAAUGAUGGUUAAGAUCGGCACCAAGCUCAUAGAAGAAGAACAAGCAAAGCUCCUAGAGUUCUUGAGGGUUAAUCAAGAUGUGUUUGCAUGGACUACGAAUGAAAUGCUUGGCAUCCCAGCAGAGUUGACAGUCCACAAACUCAGCAUAGACCCCACCAAAAGGCUGGUGGUGCAGAAACAUCGCCUUUUUAGCCCUGAGAAAAAACCAAAUGGCAAGUGGAGGAUGUGUAUUGACUUCACCAACUUAAAUGAGGCAUGUCCAAAAGACCCUCAUCCUUUGCCAAAUAUGGAGAAGCUAGUAGAGCGUGUAGCCGGGCAUGAGCGGAUGAGCUUCCUCGACGCUAGCUCGGGGUAUCACCAAGUUCAGUUACUGCUGGAUGACCAGGAGAAAACAGCUUUUUAUGUUGGUAACGCAAUCUACUGCUAUGUCAUGAUGCCAUUUAGCUUAAAAAAUGCUGGUGCUACAUAUCAGAAGCUGGUGCAAAUCAUCUUUAUGCUUCAGAUCGGAAGGAACAUAGAAGUAUAUGUGGAUGACAUGAUAGUCACCAGUUGCACGUUCGCUGUAGAAUCAGGAAAAUUCCUAAGGUACGUGGUAUCCAAAAAAGGAAUUGAAGUGAACCCAGAGAAGGUUCUGACCAUUCAGCAGAUGGAGCCUCCCAAGACUGUAAAGGAUGUGCAGCGUCUGACAGGUCGUGUAGCCGUGUUGCACAGGUUCAUAGCUAGGUCGGCGGAAAGAUGCCUCCCAUUCUUCAAAGCCCUCACCCUUGCUGUCCAAGCCUAUGGGAGGGGAGAGUUUAUACUUGUACCUGGGGGUUACAGAAGAGGUUUUACAAGGCGCCGAGCAGAACUACCCACUAGCAGAAAAGGCUGCUUUUGCCCUAAUUUCAAACCAAAACUCUCUGGUCGGCUUAUCGGGUGGAGUGUCGAGCUAAGUGAGUACGAUCUCAAAUUUCAGUCGCGAACAACCAUAAAAGGUCAGGCCGUUGCAGACUUCCUAGUGGAGUGCAUCUCGGCGAUUGUGGAAGAAAAGGCACUCGAGCACCCAAUAUGGGUUUUGAAUGUUGAUGGAACUGCUAAUAUUGAAGGAUCGAAAUAUGAAGCCCUCAUUUAUGGAUUGAAGUUGGCGUCCGAGCUGAAGAACUAUGUCAAAAAGUGCCCGACCUGCCAGUUCAAUGCUGAUGAUAUACACAUGCUAGGGGUCGACCUGCUCGGCCCUUUUGUCAAAGGCAAAGGAGGUUACACUUAUCUUGUUGUCGUGGUCGAUUACUUCACCAAAUGGAUAGAAGCUAAACCAUUGUCCACGACAACAGAAAAGAAAAUAGAAGAAUUCUUGUUCAAUUCAAUAUUGUGUAAGUUUGGUAUACCUAAAUGGAUCAUCGUUGACAAUGGUCCCCAGUUUCGAGCCGCCGCAUUGACGUUGUUCUAUAACGACUAUGGCAUUGAGCUCACCUUGACGUCUGUGUAUACUCCACAGUCCAAUGGACAAGCCGACUCGGCCACAGGCGAAACCCCAUUCAGCCUUGCUUAUGGAGCUGAGGCCGUCAUCCCAGUAGAGGUCGGAUUGCCAUAUGAAAGAGCAGGUCGGCACAACAAUCCUAACAAUGAGCAGCUUUUGAGAGAGAACCUAGACCUUGUGGAAGAGGUCAAGGAGAUGUCUCGAAUAAGAAACAUGACGCAUCAGAGCUGCGUUGCAAAAUUUUAUAAUAAAAGAGUUCGAGCUCGUCAAUUUCAAGUCGGUGAUCUGGUUCUACGCAAGGCUGGUUUAACCAAUGUUUAUUCACACAUGGGCAAACUAGCUCCUAAUUGGGAAGGACCUUAUAUGGUUAUUUCUAUUCAACAACCUAGGUCGACGGGGAUGGAUGCGUCGUUGGGCGCAGCAGCAGAUCAAGCUGGAGAUGACCGAUUUGGAGGAGAGAGAGUAGGAGCAAAGGCUGGUCUGCUUCACCCUGGUGUCGGCGAGCUAGGCGAGGCUCUUCCCUUCUUCGUCAAUCUCCUCACCCUCGAAGAAGGCCAGCUCGCCGAUGGGAAAGUCAGCCCGGAUUCGCAGCACCUUUCCAUGAACCUCGUUGAAAAUGUCCGUGGUUGUGUUGGCAGAGGCAACUGCGAUGGCGUCCUGGAACAUCUCUGCUCCCACCAGCCAUUUAGCCCCUUGUGUGUGGGCAAAGCAGACGUUGCAUUGAUGGAGCCUUUUGGUCGCCUCCAAGGAUGCCUCAGCCCGGGCGACGUGCUAAUCAGCUUCUUGAAUGCCGCUCUCUUUCUCGGCCUGAGCCCUCUCAAGCUCCUCCCUCAGCUCGCUGACCUUACGGGCCAGCUCAUUAGCUCGGCUUUCAGCAGACGCCACUUGGUUUGCCAUCUCCGAGCUUAGCAAACGACUGACCUCGUCAACCAAACUGGCUUUUUCAGAGGCCAGUUGUUUGCAGCUCUGUUAGAGCUCGUUGUUCUACGCCCUUGCUCCUUGCUCA